UCAAUUUCAUUUUCUUUAGGAAAAGGAUUCUUUAGUUUAUCUCCAAAUGCUGACUUGACGCCCUUCCCUAGAAAUCAUCCCAUUAAUUAAGAUGCCCUGAAGGUCAUAAACAGUAAUCAGUUCAGAGGCUGGCUGCUGCAAGGUGCUAAUUGACACCCCCAAAGAGGAACAGUGUCACCAAUCAGUAGAAAAGAGCAGAGCGCGGGUGGAUGUGUGGUUUUGAUUUUGAAAAGGUGUGGGAAUGCCCUGUGAUGUUUUCCUCCGGACUCCUCUUGAAUGUUAAUGUUUUCUUGAAGAUGAUUUCAGACACACUGCUAGGAUACCGCCUCUACUCACUGAAGCAGAAUCCUCUGAAGAGUUGCUGAGGCAGAACCGAAAUCAUGGCUCACCUCAAAGCAGCAGCUGUAUUGGCCACUAAUGAUGCCUCGCGCAGAAAGACGACGUUCGUUUAACUCGGGGGUUUUAAUGGGAAGUUACUAAGCCUGAAACAACAGCUUUAGAUCUGAGGUGUGCCAUCAGCUGCUUGCAGCCAGCACAGCCGACUGCUUUAACAGCUUGGUUGGGAAGAAUGGAAACUAAAGAGGCUUGUAACUACCUGUAACUGUUCCACCAGGAAAUGGAUCAAGUGUUUGUUCAGCCAGAUCCAGAUAACUCAGCCUUUCCAAGGUGCAGCCACCAUGAUCUCAGCCGACUGAUAAUGGAAGAGAAGAAAACUGGGGAUUCCUGUGCCCUGGCUUCCCUGGAUGAUGGAUGGAGGCCAGCCCGUCCCUUCACCCCUCGUGCCCCUGGGGAACGCAUCGUCAGAUUUUAGCAUGUCUCUGGAACAGAAAACCACAUUUGUUUUUGUGAUUUUGUUGUUUAUUUUCUUGGGCAUCCUCAUUGUCAGGUGCUUCCGGAUUCUCCUGGACCCGUACCGGAGCAUGCCGACCUCGACCUGGGCUGAUGGCCUGGAGGGCCUGGAGAAAGGGCAGUUUGACCAUGCCCUUGCUUAGCAGCCAGGGAGCGGGUGAGGAAUUCGCUUUAGUUCAUGUUCUCAACAAAUCAAGUUUUAACACUAUCUCAUCCUGGAACCUUAAUCCAUUAUUUAGUAAACUAAACAUGCUAUUGGGUUAAAAACAUUUGAGGACAUUGGAAAUGGAGGUUUGUAUUAUUAAUCCCAAACAGGAAGGUUUAGAUUUCUUAUUUAGGCAAUGAAUGAAUAUUGUUGAAUGCAUGUGAUGCUGAAACAAAAAACUUCAAUACCGACAUAAACUCUGCCUGACAGGGAAGCCCUCUCCGACCUGUCUAGAGAAUAAAGACUCUGAGAAAGGGUCUGGUCUGAACCUGGAGAUGGCGCCAUGAAGAGACUACCUCGUGCUAAUCGCGUCUCUCAGCUUGCUUUGAUUUUCCCUGGGAUCUGGGUCCUGACCAGAGACUGAGGAAGACUGUGCUGAGUGGACCCAGAUCAGGUACUUGUUUCCUUCUAAAGCAAGGAACCCUGGCAGGCAAUGGGAGGGCUUGGAAGAGAUGGUUCCAUCCCCGGAAAAUGCGAGCAGGGAUGAUUUCAUUCUGUUUCUCAAGGAAACUCAAUGCAAAGGCUUGUGGAGGUUUUAAAGCUGUUUGCCGGGCCAAGUCCCUUUUAUGUAUUCAUAUUAAUAACAUGUAGAGGUAGCUAUACAUAACCUGCAUUUGCUUUCUGCACACAAAUGAUUGGCAAAAUAGGUUGCAAGAGCAGCUUCAAGUUUUCUUUUUAAUGAAAAGUUAAUUGUUUAGAGAAGACUUUUACAGUCUUAAGAGGAAUGUGUGUUCAUGACUGAAUAUAGAAACCAAAUAAAACUUCUCAAGAGACAGAAGUGUCUUCUCAUUUCACCGAGACGAAUGCUGGGAGACAGAGUGUGGUAUUGAAUGCUGGGAACCCACAGUGUUCUGAGAGAGUGAGAGAGAGCAGAAACCAUGAAACAUCAUUGAAUUCGCCCCUCUGUCACUUCAGGGCUCCACUGUCCUGCACACAGAAAACCUGUUCUAAGCACUAUUUAAGACUACGGAAAAGGGAGAUGUGAAAACCUCUUAUUCCAACUUCUGAUGGUAAGAAAACCUUGUAUCUUACCUAAACCCCUUGGGCUGUAUUUAUAGUCCAUGACUUCUCCUUUCUCCUCAGCUAGCUAUCUUCAUUAUUAUUAUUUUAAAAAGUUUAAAAAGCCAACCUUGCCUGAAAAGACAUCCUUAGAAGAAGGAUGAAAAAGAAACCCUGUUUUCUUGUCUCCCAUUUUUUUAAACAUUCUUUAGGGUUGGUGGGGGGUGUCCUGCUGUCCACAUUUCCUCCCCCAUCAUGUUCCCCUUGAUUUCUUCUCAUUAUUAAAAAAAAUCCUGCUGUAUUGAAAUAUAAUGCACAUACUAUAAAAUUUACCCUCUUAGAGUGUACAAUUUAGUGGUUCUUAGCAUCUUCAUGGGAUUGUAUGACCAUUGCCACUGAAGGAUCCCUGCAUCGUCUGCCCACUGCGGUCACUUCCCAUCCCCAUCCUCCCAGUGUCCAGCAAUCUUGAAUCCACUCUCUUUCUCUAUGGAUUUGCCAAUUCUGGGUAUUUCAUAUAAAUGGAAUCAUACACUAUGAGGCCCUUUAUGUCUGGCUUCUUUCACUCAGCAUGUUUUCAAAGUGAUUCAGCCAUGAUCACACUGAAAGGUACGUAGCAGGCUACAAGGAACUUCCUUCCUUUGAAUGGCCAACUAAUAUCCAUUGUUGGGCUACACCAAAUUCUGUUUACCCAUGUUGGUUACCAUGGUAUCCACUGGCUAGUAUGUGCAGCUGCUGUGAACAUUCGUGCACAAGUUUGGGUAUGAAUAUGUGUUCAGUUCUCUUGAGUAUAUUCCUAGGAAUGGAUUUCCUGGGUCAUAUGCUACUGCAUGUUCAACUUUGUCAAGGACUGUGAGCCUGUUUCCGUAAGUGGCUGCAUCAUUGUCCAUUCCCAUCAGCAAAGAGGUGUGAUGGUUUCCUUGUCUCUUUCCAGCUACUCAAAUUUUUUCUUUAGUUGUCGAAUUUAUAACGGAUCACACCACUUCAAGGAUGAGUCAGAUUAAAAAGAACCACCUCUGGUUUCUACAUGCUUUAAGUUUUUUGAUGCCUUCAAAAAUCCUUUGCUUCUGUAUCUAAAGCAAAACACAGAUGUCGAUCUGUGGCCACCCUGUGGUCUAUUAAGUCACCUGAGUAUAUUUUCUGUCUUACAAAUGUGUAUUUCUUUAACCCACUAAUUAUAAAGUUUUUUUU